CCAGAGCCAGAGCCAGUUGCAGUGACCGGUUUCCGCAAAGUGCGAAGUCGGCGGCUCUCAACCUCUCCUAAUCGUCAAGCCGAAUUAACAGGCUCAAGGUGAUGGCUACAAUACAGGAAUAUGCACCUUUACGCGAGAGAGUGUAUAUUGGCUAUGUGGGUCCAUCUGUUUCCGACCACAAUGAGAGCCUUCUUCCUUCAAGGCCUUGCACUUAUAAGGGG